UUGAACUUUUUUGCAGGUCCGGGGUCAUGAAAUUUUUCAAAAAUGACCAAAUCCUCAUUUUCAUUAUAUGAGCUUGAAAUGCACCAAAACUACCCGAAACGUUUUUCAGAACGUAAAUCAAGCCGCUCUUUGUUGUUUCAGGUAAAGAAAAUUUUUUGAAAAUUUUCCAAUUUUUUGAACUUUUUUGCAGGUCCGGGGUCAUGAAAUUUUUCAAAAAUGACCAAGUCCUCCUUUUCAUUCUAUGAGCAUGAAAUGCACCGAAACUACCCGAAACAUUGUUCGGAACGUAAAUCAAGCCGUUCUUGGUUUUUUCAGGUAACGAAAAUUUUUUGAAAAUUUUCCAAUUUUUUCAACUUUUUUGCAGGUCCGGGGUCAUGAAAUUUUUCAAAAAUGACCAAGUCCUCAUUUUCAUUAUAUGAGCAUGAAAUGCACCAAAACUACCCGAAACGUUGUUCGGAACGUAAAUCAAGCCGCUCUUGGUUGUUUCAGAGAUCUCUUGGAGGCUCAACCAAAUGUCAACAAAACCUUUCAGAAAGCAUUAUAUUUAUAAAUGUUAAAAAAUGGAAGAAGACUACAAGUUAAAACUAUUGGAACCAGGUCACAAUACACUCUAUUGAAGAACAUCCUUUCUCAUUCAACCAAAAUAUCCGACGAAAGAGCUCACCUUUAGCAAAAGAAGAGAGACGGAAAAUGCAGGAUGUGCCUUUGGACAACAGACCUUUUGUACACAUAAUUUAAACAUGACAGGUAUGGUUUUAAACAAAAGGAGGACGAUGAUGUGGGGAUAAAAACCCAAUGUGAUUGGUUUAAUGGCUCAAAGGUCUCAAGUACUGCAGAUGUCAGACUAUCGUAGCAGAUUUGAUUUCAAGCUCAUCGUCUUCGCGGUAACAUCAAUGUUUUGAAAUCAGUCAAUAAAGAAUUACAGCACACCGAUACUGCCUUGAGUAAAAUUGAAUGGCAAGCUGAAAUAUUUAUGAAGCUCUGAUCAAUAUUAACAAAGAAACUUUUGACGUUUGAGUCGUGAAGAUAAAAGGGAUUCUACGCGUAUUGUUCAAGCCGAUGUUACAACGCUGUAUGUGGUAUGCUGUUAUUACAAAAAGGGAUGCGAUUUUGCAAGAGUCAGUCUUACCCCAGUAUUAAUCUACAAAUAUGGCUUGUCACGGUUUUUAAAGGUUGCACAUGAAAAGUUUGUUUAAAAAGGUCUAUCAGAUCUGGUUGGUAGAGCUCAAGCACUGCAUAUAAUCUUGGAAUUACUUGGAACUAACGGGACAUAGAAACAAAAGAUAUAAUGUUUGUGAAAAUCCCCAUCAUACUGCACUUGUUAAUUGCACUUGUGCAUUCGGAAAAACUUACUUUUCUUGGAGGAAAGAACCCUAAAGAAUCAAUGGUGCGGUAUUCUAAUUGGUAUGCGAAAGAAAAAGCGGCUUUGAAUUUCCAGUUCAAGACAGCCAAAAAGGACGGUAUCCUCUUCUUCAUCCGUGGCGCUGGCGAUUCAAAAGAUGUUCACCUGCGACUGGCACUUGAGAAUGGCAGGCUGUCAUUUGCCGUGUCGCAUUCGAAUCUGGAGCACAUUGCAGAGGACUUUGGCACUGAUCUUAACGACUUGAAUUGGCACAAUGUCACUGUGAUAAGGAAUCACAGAUCCACGUUGUUCGAACUUGACGGAACACAGCGUGUGAUGACGAAAUUGCACUGGAAAGAGUUGCUCGACUUGAAGUCUGAUCUGUAUGUCGGAUGUACUGAUGACGCCGAAUCUGGGGAAGAGUUUAUCGGUUGCAUCAAAGACUUGAAGUACGGUGAAGGCUAUAAUGAACUUACAAUCCAUGCUCCAGUAUUCCAAGGCUCGAAUGUUAUCAAUGGCUGUGCAGACUUCUGCGCGAAAGUUGAUAAUCCUGGGUGUAACCGCGGGACCUGCGUGAACCAAUUCACAAGCUACACGUGCGAUUGUUUUGGUACUGGUUAUUCCGGCACUAGAUGUGAACAAGUGUCCCAAGUUAUAUCGCUGCGAGCAAAGAUGGACUUUAUGUCAAGAAAGGUGAACUCUAUGCGAUCUCUGCGAUCAAAUAAACUGUACUUGAGAUUUAAGACUUUGGAGAGACAUGGAAUUCUUUUUACCUUGGGAAAAGCAAGUGACUACCUUACUCUUGAGAUCUACGAGGGUCGUGUUCGUAUGGAAACCAAUGUUGGAGGAGGAAAAGUUGAAAUAGAAAGUCAUCGACCACUGAAUGAUGGAAUGUGGCAUGAUAUCAAGGUUGUUCAAAAUGGUGGGGUUUUCACUUUGAUGGUCGACCACAGAAACAAGUCGAGAUUCGAAAAAACAGUUUCAAGCCCAUAUGAACGCGUAGACUCAAACUGCCUUUCAAGCGACUUUGCUUACUUUGGCGGGCAUUUUAACCCAAUCACAGUCAUCGGUUCAAAAAGUAAACAAGGAUUUGUUGGUUGUCUGCAACAGUUUUACUUCAAUAAGGUUGAUGUUAUAAGGGGCACGUUGCAAGCUGCUGAUAUUUUGGAACAAACUGGCGAAAGACAGAGACUGAACACCGAAAUCGAUGGCAAAGUGAUAAGAGGGUGUAGCAUAAAGCCAAGACCAAUCAAAGAUGUAAUAACCGUUCCAAAAUCGAAGGCCCCGCAUGACAAAGCAACCAAGUCCAAGCAAGCAAAACCUACUAUACUGGACAAGCUUCGUGACGUCAUCCCAGAAGCAUCAACUAUCCAACAGACACCGCAUUCCGGGAAGAGGGAGAAGAAAAAGCUGGAAAAGAGUAGCGUCGCGUGGAUCACCGCUGGACUUGUAAUAGGCGCGUUGGUCAUAAUUCUAGUUAUGGCUUUCCUUAUACAUAGGUUCAGAAAGAAGUAUCGCGGUACAUUUAUGGCGCCGCGCGAUGAGAACGGCACGCCUUAUUAUUCAAGCGUACAGGCCACUUAUCACAUGCCCAAUGGAAUUGGAAAGCGGCAACACCGAGGGAACGCAACUGAUGUUUAGCGCCAAAGUUGUCGCAUUGGUUGCAAAAAUGGUGCUAGUAAUGUAAUUUUGUGCUGUAUGAGAAUUGAUUUGGUAAACUGUAUAUACGUCUAGUGAGGCCAUGGGAAAGAAGAAGAAUGGGCAAAUUUUGAAAUAACAUGUCGUUCCCGCUGUUUUUCUUCAAGACUAUGAUACCACCUCGAAAUCAAAAAGAGGCAGUGAAACUUAUUAUUGAAUGACACUAUUUGUUGUUGCACUGAACCUUGUAAUUAUAUGGACAUUUCAUCGCAAUAAUAGUGUUGAUGGACUUCAAAAUAGGUUGUUUAGAGAACAUGGAAUAGUGAGUAUUUGAACAAAGAUGCAUAAACAGGCCUAAAGAUAUUUCCUUAUGCUUUAGUUGUUUGGUCCAUUUCUAAGUAUCACGUAGGAUAGUAUUGGUGACCCUCCUAGGUAGUGAAUGUGGGACUGUGCUAGUUAUGCUUAAUAUGGGUAAAGCCUUUAAUUUGGGUAAUGAACCUGUCAGGACCACAAACCCUAGAAUUUUACCAUAUUCUCUAGCCUUGGGCCCGUUUCAGGUAUCAUGUAUUGGUGACCCUCCUAGGUGGUGGAUGUGGGACUCUGCUAGCUGCGGUUAACGUGGGUAAAGCCUUAAAUUUGGGUAAUGAACCUGUCAGGACCACAAACCCUAGAACAUAACCAUAUUCUCUAGCCUUAGGCCCACUUCAGAGUACCGUGCAGGAUAGUAUUGGUUAUCCUCUUAGGCAGUGGAUAUGGGACUGUGCUAGAAGUCCUUAAUGUGGGUAAAGCCCAUAAUAUGGGUAAUGAACCUUUUAAGGCUACUGCAGUGGCCAAUGUUCUCGAAGAAGGUUGCUCUGUCUGUGAGAUUUAACAAUGGGCAUAGUAUCAGCUGUGUCCGACAAUACCUCCUGCAAACAUGAUGAAGUUAUAUUCCAAAAAAAUACAGAGCACAAGACAAAAGGGUCAUUUCACGUCUACUGUCUCGACAUCAAACAAAGACAGUUUGCACUGCAUUGUGGGAUGGCUGCAACAUUUGAACAUAACGCUUCAAGAGAAAGUAUAAAAGGAUUAGUAGACAUUGGCAAUCUCUUUCAUGGCGAUGGAUCAAUAUGAAAGGAGAGCAGUAAAUACCAGAGUUAAAACCAAUGAGAAAUUGCCGCCGAUGCCUGCUCGUUGGCAAAUGUGAUUGGCUUACGUGCAUCAUUGUGUAAUUAAUCACAUGGUGUUUAAGGACUUUUGCGGACCCAGCAUGCUUAGUGGCAGCUGUCUUUGAGAAAUUUAUUGUGCUUUGUAUUUCCAUACAGCACGAUAUUAGGCCGGUUUUGAAAAUAUAGUCGCAAAGUUUGCCGGUUGCGUAAGAGUCUUAAGCUUGCGACAGAAAGAUCCAACGCAAUAGGCCUUUUGUUUUGAUUUGCUUUUAGGUAUAUCAGUGUAUCUAAAGAAGUAUAAAUAUCAGUAAAGACUAAAAACCUUGCAUGACCACCCACAAGAUAUCAAAAUUUUGAGAUAAAUAUUUUUGAACUCGUAGAAAUAAAUAUAGUAUUGAAUUUUUAACUAUAUUAAUUUAUUAGAAUUUCUUUUGUGCAGAAGUCUGUUUGGUAUGUGGUGAGAUGUAUAAACUAAAUUAAAGAUAACAUAUCAUGAUAUUAUUGAAAACUAUCCACAAUAUUGUUUUUGCCCAAAGUUUUCUGAACAUUGUGAAUUUGUGAUGUUGAAAUAUGCCUUACACAACAGCGUACACUUGCUUUAGAGGAGUAUUUGAAAGAACUUAUCACAAUAGAUGCAAAAAUGAAAUAAUUUGUUGGUCUGCUAACAUUUUAAUGAAGCAACUGCUUAUUCAGUAAAAAAGUAUGAAAUUUCGAUUAACUUCUACCAAAUUUUAAAAACGAUGUUUUUUAUUUAAUUCAAGAAACCCGACGAGGGUGUCAGUCUUGAAAGAUGGUGGCAAAUUAAAUGCUUUCAGCCAAUGAGACUC